GCCAGGGUUUUGCUUAGAGACCUGGGAGGUUCUGCCCUCAUGUAAUGUACUGUAAGCGCCUGUAAAGAAAGUAACCAAUGGCGGAAACGAAAGUGGACUGUUCUCCUAAGAGAGCGCGUUUCUUCUGCACCGCAGGUCGGGGCUUGGAGCGAUUCGUGACUGAGGAGGUGACACGAAAAGCUUCCGCUGUAGAUGUUGAAUCAAUGUCUGGGAAGGUUUUUUUCACAGCAGAACCAGACAUGUACAGAUUGAGACAAAUUAAAUCUGGAGAAAGAUUAUUUUUGUUGCUGCGUAAAGAACCACCUCUGUCUCUUCCUAAGGGUAAAGGAAAUGCAUUAUCCAUGUUAAGGGAAACUAUGGUUGGAGAAAGUAAGGUGUGGAUCAGUGCUUUGGACUUAUGGCAAAAUCUCCAGGAACCAGUACGGCACAUGAAUGAUGUACAAAAUGAUCAAAUAAAAGCAUCAAAGAGGAAGUUGGAAAAUGAUUCAGCACUGUACACAUCAAAACUUUGCAAGAAAGAACAUGGUGCUGGUGAGGUCUGCAUACUUGAUGAACACACAAGCGACACAUUUUUGACCCAGUCAGAAAACCAGUGUUUUUUUAACGAUGAACAAACUAAUAAUAUCCCCCCAAAAACACUGUUUUCUGCUAAAAGUAUGUUUACUUUUCGAGUUUCAUGCCGAUGUACUGGAGCAAUUGCAAAAUUAUUUACUGCACAGGAGCUGGGGCGUGUUAUUGGAAAAGCUCUUGUAAGACAGUUUGGUUGGAAACCUGAUUUGCGGAAGCCAAUUUUAGAGGUAUUUGUGCAUCUCAAUGACCUUUAUUCAGUGGUGGGAUUUCCAAUAAUGAGGCAGCCUUUGGCAAAUAGAGCAUAUAUUCAGAGUACAGGUCUGCGAUCUACAACUGCAUGGGCCAUGGUGACACUUGCUGAAAUCAGUGCCAAAACUGUUGUCCUUGAUCCUAUGUGUGGUGUUGGAACAAUAUUGUUGGAAGCUGCAAAGGAGUGGCCUCAUGUACACUUCCUGGGAAUGGAUAUAAAUGCCUCACAGUUGAAAAAUGCAGUUGAUAAUGUGAAGGCAGCUGGUGUUGAAGGCUCAGUAGAGUUUCUGAAAGGAUCGGUUUUAGAUCUACCAAUAUUGUCUGAAAGUAUCGAUGUGGUAAUUUCUGAUAUCCCAUUUGGAAAAAAGUUUGCAUCCUCUAAAAACAUGAAAGAGCUGCUUCCCGAAAUCCUUUGUGAAAUGGAGAGAGUUGUCCGCAUUGGAGGGAUUAUUGUGCUACUCCUCAGCCAAAGCCUUCAUCAUCACCUGAAAGCACACUUUCAGUUCAAAGAUGUUAAAAAUGGAAGUACUGCCAGAACGGAGAAUGAUUUGCUUCAAAAAGAUAAGAAUGAAAUGGCAUCAAAUAAAAAAGAUAUUGUUAUGAAAACAGAUUACUUUGAGUCUUUGGUUCCUAUAGAGGCCCAUCCAGUGAGCCUCGGAGUGACGGAAGCAAUAAUAUUUAAAUGCAAAAAGCUAUCAAACCCAUGACUUUCUAAUCUGUUCAAAUGACCUGGAAUAAAUGUAUUAUGCUUUUAGUCAAAUAUGCUAUUUAUCCAUUGCCAACAAAAUUCUACAGUUAGUGACUGUCCGUGUGUGCCAUUUUCAUUGUAGUCAUAUCUCAUUGGUGGACUUUACAUUUAUUUGAACAACACAGGCUGGUGGAUUAAUACAUGAUCAUGAAAUGUCUUCAUUUUAGUGGCUGGUGCUUUGGAAACUCAAAAUACAAUUAUUUGUAGGUCACCAUAUUCCCAAGCUUGGGAACUCACGUGAAGUGUUGUACCUCCAAAUGCAUUACAUUCCUUGAAACAAAUAGGGACUAUAUGUAAAUUUGUUCAUUCUUUUUGCUCUU